AUGUAUCUACGAAAAAGUCGACGUUAUCGACGUGAGGAUUGGCAACGGAUGCCACCAUUUCUAAGAGCCGUAGUUGUUGGUACUGCAACUAUUGGUGGAUUUUAUCUUAUUAAUCAUGUAGAAACAAUGCCCCAGAAUGGUCGUCAUCGUCUUAUGUUUCUAUCACCAGAAUAUGAAAUAAAAUUAGGUGAACAAACGUAUCGUGAAAUUGUGAAAAAUUCUCGAUUAUUGUCACCAUUGCAUCCCAUGUCACAAGCAGUCGCACGUGUUGGUCGUAAAAUUGCUCAAGAAACAAGUGACGUUCCAUACUUGAAAUGGACAUUUCAUGUGAUUGAAGCAAAGGAACCAAAUGCUUUUUGUCUUCCUGGUGGUAAAAUUUUUGUUCACUCGGGACUAUUUAAAGUAUUACGCAAUGAAGAUGCUUUGGCAGCCGUCCUGUUUCAUGAAGCUGCUCAUGGUCUCGCUCGACACGGUGCUGAAAAAAUCUCAUUCAGUUUGCUGGUCUAUGGGCUUUUAGCGCUCAUUUUCCCAGAUUACGGUCAGAUCAGUGAUCUGAUGGUGAAGCUUGCGGUAGAUUUACCAUUCUCACGCAAGUUAGAAUUGGAGGCUGACUCAAUCGGUCUGCGGCUUAUGGCUCAAGCGUGCUACGAUCCUCGUGCUAGUAUUCAAAUGAACACGUCAUUGGGUCAGCUGGAUAAAGGCUCGCAGUUCAAAUACUUUUCAACGCAUCCGCCUAGUGCAGAACGAGUGCAGGCACUACGAAAUCAACUGGGUGAUGCACUUGAAAUCUACGAGGCAUCGGACUGUGGGUCACGGAAAGAAGCUUUUGCUAGACCCAUGAAACCAGCAUUCUCGCCUCGAGGCAACGCCACGAUGGAUUGGUAA